CGGAUAACUUACUCCACCGACGGACGCCUCACUCACUAUCUCGACUUCUACAACCACCAGCUCCAUCCACCACCCACACACAACCCCUCCUUCACCUUCAGUAUCACCGCCUGGUGCGCUCCUGUACAUUUCACUCCGCCAACCAACCUUCUUUUGAAUUGAGACCGUCUCUCGUUUGCCAGCUCGCUCUAUCGCCCAGUUCCAAUCCGUGUUAUCUCUCAUCACCAGCCAACGUCACACCACAUCCAGAAACAAGAUCCUUUCCUCUCGCCUUGACUAGAUUACACCAUCACCAGAGCCAACCUACCAUAAAUAAUCAGAAUGGGUAUUUGCGCCUCAUGUCUGGGGCGUAGUCCUCCAGAAAGCCAGGAUGGCGAAUCCUCCCGCCUCCUCGAAGAAGACAUCUACAACCAACCCGGCUACGGCUACGGAUCCCUCAACAACGCCAGCCCCGGUAACCACCCGGAUCCGGGCUACCUGAAGCGCGAACGAGAAGCAUUAGAAGCUAUCUGCCAAAGAGCCUCGGACUCCGUUAUCGACAUCUGGUCAAUCCAACCCCAGCCCCAUCUCCAACCGCAUGCGACCCUCCCCAGCGCCGUCGUCGCCCCCUCCACCUCGACCUCCGAAGCCCCUCCGCCCGUCAAGGUCACGAAAACGGACACGACCCCCCCGCGCGCGCCGCGCCGAUCCGCCGCAUCGCCGAAACCCGGCGGGACGGUCCCGAAGCAUUGGGGGGAGGUGGUGAUCAACACGCGCAAGAACCGGUCGCGACCCGGUUCGAGCACGGAUGAGGACGGGUCGAGGGAUGUCUUUGGGGUGUUGAAAGUGACCUAACCUCGGAGAGGAAAUCGAUGAAAAGUAAACCCAGACUGCGGCGGGGAAAGGCAGGGAGGAGGAGCAGAAGCGCACGGACGUGUUUCUGUCCGAGCUGAAGAGCAGUAACAGCGAACGAGCAACACUGCGCCAGCUCUUUGCGAGCCGUUGCUGAAAAAGACAUAAGCAGCUUGACUCCAAAAGGAGGGUCGCCAAAGAUACUUUUCCUCAUCGGUCGAUAAUCCUCUCUCUCUCUCUCUGCCUUCCUCAUACGCAUUCUCAAACUCAUCUUGCAUUUAUCAUGGGUCGCCGGGCGACGACGGGCGUUUUAUUGUCAAUCUUUCUGAUCUUCCGUUCUCUUGCCCCCCUUCUUUGGAGCCUUCAUAUCUACCUUUUUUCUUCUUCUUUGCCGUCAUCUUCUGAUGGUAGAUUACCAUGUUGAAUCUUUCCUUUCCCCCCCCCCCCC